GAAGAAGUUUUCCCCACAGACUGUAAACAGUAUACUACUUUGUACAGAGGCAGUCCACGAGAACGCGCAGUGUGUACGCGAUGUGUGUGACGCAGGACGUAGAGCCCCGCCCUUACGUCCUGCGUCACAUGCUCGUUUUCAGUGAGUCCCAUAGAAGCAGUUAGCCGGUUAGCUGUGAGUUUAGCCGGUUAGCUGUGAGUUUAGCCGGUUAGUUGUGAGUUUAGCCGUCUGCUAACAGGCUAAACACAGAGAACGAACCCCGACUUUUACGAAGAAGAAGGAAAACAGAAAGUACCGGACACCAUUUGGAAAAGUGAUGUUACACAGAGCAGGCGUCCAGCAUUGGGUGGUGGUUAAACAAGAGGAACCCAAUGAGAACCAGAACCCCAGACUGGACCAGGAGGACCAGAACCCCCAUCUGGACCAGGAGGACCCAGAACUGGCCCACAUUAAAGAGGAGCUGUGGACCAAUCAGGAAGGUCUGAUGGAGCUGAUCCCAGUUCCAGAGUGUUCUGCAGACGUCAUCCAGCUGUCGGUGGUUAAAGAAGAGAUUCCCACUGAGCAGGAGGACUGGGGACCAGGUCUGGACCAGGAGGACCCAGAACCAGGCCUCAUUAAGGAGGAACAGAAGGAGGUGUGGACCAGCGGAGGACCAGAGGAGGCGGCGCUCACCACGUUCACGUUCACGCCCACUCCCGUCCCCAUGAAGAGCGAAGAUGACGAGAAACCUCAGUCCUCACAAGUCCUUCAAACAAAACCUGAGGAGAACCAGGAGGACCAUGGAGGACCAGAACCAGACGUGAACCCAGUCCACAUGAGGGACUUAAACAGCAGAUCUGACCCAGACUCAGACUCAGGACGUCCAUUCUCCAAGUCCAAGAGUAGAAAAACUUUGGAUGAGUUGCAGAGUUCUUUGGAGGCGUACGCAGACGCUACGCCACACAGAACAUUUGGUUCUUCUGCACGAGCUACAACAUCGUCUCAAAAGAAAAACUCAACACGUCACAUGACAGACAGCACCAACGAAUGCGGUAACGUCAGGAAUAAUGACACGGAAGGUCAAACCAAACCACAUGAGUGCUCCGAGUGCGGUCACGCUUUUGGAAAGAGGUCAGAUUUGAAGAGACAUCUGAGAAUUCACAGCGGAGAGAAACCCUUCAGCUGCUCCCACUGCGGCGCUGGUUUUACACAGAAGUCCAACUUAGACAAUCACAUGAGAAGUCACACAGGAGAGAAACCCUUUUACUGUUCAGACUGCGGUUCAGGCUUUACCCUCAAGUCCAGUUUAAACAUUCACAUGAGAGUCCACACAGGAGACAACCCUUCACGUGUUCGGUUUGUCAGAGGCGUUUUCGACACAACAGCAGUUUCAGGACGCACAUGGCGACGCACACGGGAGAGAAAACCUUCAGCUGUUCAGAAUGUGGCGCAGCGUUUACACGGAAGUCAAACCUAA